GAAAGGGCUUUCCCCUAAAUUGAUUCUUUCCCAUCUGCAGACCCCAAUCGACGGUGCCCUCGACGGCUCGACCAUCUACUCCUCUUCCUCUCACCACCGUCCAAUCGUCGGCGACACUUCAACAGGUCAACGCUGCACCACCGCUCCCCCUUACCAUCGCGACUGCCUCUGCCCAAACCCGAUGCCCCACCACCCCCAGCCGUGGAACGCCGCCCAGACCAUCUUCAUUCCACCACCACUUGUCACCGCGACGACAGCCUCUCCAUCCACCAUCGUCUCCUGGACCGAGCUAAGGCCACCGCGAACCACCCCCUUACUUCUCAGUCUCCACCACCGUGGCCGCGUCUUCGCCCAGCCCAACAAAUCCAACCGAUGCCGUCAUCUCCUCCUCUCAUUUAAAAUUGUUUGUUUGUUUAUUUUUCUAUCUUCCCCUUCAACUGAUUAUCAGUUCCUCUUCGGUGUCAACUGCAAAUGUUCGAGGGCGGACAAAAAUUCAAAUGUGAUGCCCUAUAUUUUUAAGGUGUAUGUUACAGCUGUAAUGGUCCCGGAGACCGCACUUAUCCUCCCAAAUAAUGCUGAAGCAAAAAUUCUCGGUGAUGUACUCAACGGAUAUAAUAUCGAAUGGAUUUACCAGGAUUUGGUUCACCGCCCGUGAUUGCAGCCUCCAUCAUUCUGCACUCGACUAGCUGGGUCAUUCAUAGUAGUGUUUAUAAGUUGCCCUUAAGAUCGUACUUCCGUAUGAUAUCAGAAUUAUCUAUUUACGUAUUAAUUUUGGGUUUUGCGCAUCGUUAUUUAGGAGGUUGUUAUGUUGGUGUACGGAUUGUUGUUUUGUCAGGAUGUUUUGUUAGCACCGUUGACAACUAAUAUUUUAUUUUUGGCUGGACUAUGAACAUCAUUGUAUUGAUGACCAUGUGUAGUAUUUUGAUGGAUUUAGAAACAAUUAUGAUAAGAUUAAGU